GAUUUUAUGUGGCUAAAAUUACAGAUGCCUAAAGGAAUAUGCUGGAAGCUAUUUGAAUAAAUAGAGGCCAAAUGAAGGACGCAUUUCUCUUUGAUCCUCUGUUUACUUCGUAUCUCAAUGGCUGCUGGCUGUCAAAAUAUCAAUUAUCCCACCUCCUGUACAUUUAUAAACAGAAGACAAUUUUCCAUCCCAACUCAUUGUGCAUCCGUAAACCCAAUUUUUUCUCCUAGCAACCAUAAACUCCAUCGAAAUUUCCCUUUAUAUUCUUCAUUAAAAUUCAACUCAACUGCUUUUCAGCUAUGCCGCCUCACUAACGGUCAAACCCAUUUCAAAACUUCCUCUUCCGCAAAUGGGUCUCUCUUUACUUCUACACCGGCAUUUGAACUUGAGUUGAGAAGGCUUCUAACCCUGUUACCCCAUAAAAUAAAGAAAUCGCUUAUUGGGCAUCCAGAGCUUGAACAUCUUAUUGAAAUUGUUAUGGACUUGGGAAGAAAGCCUCUCGCUCGCUUUCCCUCUGGAGAUUUCAGGAUUUCUGAAGACUCUAUUACCUUCCAGGACUUGGAACAAGCAAUAUCUAUGGUAGGGGACUUUGCAGAUGAUAAUCGUGCAGGUAUUGAUCGUUCUUUGCAUCGUAUCAGUGCCAUUCGAAAUCGUAGGGGGUGUAUAAUUGGCCUAACUUGUCGAGUUGGCCGGGCAUUAUCUGGAAGUGCAGAUAUGAUUCGGGACUUGGUUGAGGGUGGAGGUUCUCUUUUGCUUAUAGGGCCUCCUGGAGUCGGGAAGACCACGGUCAUUAGGGAGAUAUCUAGAAUGUUGGCAGAUGAUUAUAAGAAACGAGUUGUGAUUGUUGACACAUCAAAUGAGAUAGCUGGUGAUGGAGAUAUACCUCAUCCAGGCAUUGGAAAUGCUCGAAGAAUGCAAGUCCCAAAUGUUAACAUGCAACAUAAAGUUAUGAUUGAAGCAGUUGAGAACCAUAUGCCUGAGACCAUCGUAAUUGAUGAAAUUGGGACAGAGCUUGAGGCAUUGGCCGCUAGUACCAUUGCUCAACGUGGAAUCCAACUGGUUGGAACAGCUCAUGGAGUGACAAUUGAGAAUCUCAUAAAGAAUCCGUCUUUGGAGAUACUUGUUGGUGGCAUACAGAGUGUUACACUUGGGGAUGAAGAAGCACUUAGGAGGGGGGUCCAAAAGACAGUACUUGAGAGGAAAGGCCCACCUGCAUUUACUUGUGCUGUGGAGAUGAUGUCUAAAACUGAAUGGCGAGUUCAUCACAGCUUAGAAGCUACUGUAGAUGCAGUUCUUGUAGGACGGCCUCCCUUAUUUGAGGCCCGCAAGAUGGAUAGAUUUGGGGAAAUUGGUGUGAAUUCUAACAUAAUGACACCAGCAAAACUUGGAUACUCUUCUUGUGAGAAUGAUGAAAAAAUUAUGGACGAAGCUGGUCACAACUUUGAUGUACACAAUGAGAAUUAUGACGAUAAUGAUUACAUAUCUGCAUUUAGAAGCAGGGUUAAAUUUUUUGGAAAGGAUGACAACAUGCCUCUUCGUUUGUAUGCAUAUCAGAUAAUGGAAGCUAAUCUGGAGCAAGUUUUGGAGGCAAUGGGGCUGGAAAAUGCAGUUGAACUGACUAAUGACAUAGGUGCAGCCGAUGCAAUGCUCGCUUUAAAUUCUAAAAUUAAACAGAAUUCAUGGAUUAAGGAAAUGGCUAAAUAUCGUCAGUUACCUGUAUUUGUAAUAAAGGCAAAUACAACGGCACAAAUGGCAAGGGCAAUGCGUGCCAUUUUUGGGAUGGAAAGUUUGGGAGCACCUCUGAGUUCAUCUAACAGAUUCAAGAAUGGUUACAUGAUUUCAGAGGAAGCAGCAGAUAGAAGAAAUUCAUCAGAGGAGAUUGAUGCUUUGGAGGAGGUCAGACUAGCCAUUGAAGAUAUUGUGAUCCCCAAGGGGCAGCCUGUGGAGCUUCUUCCAAGGUGUUCUGAAAUUAUAGCUCUUCAAAUGAAGCUCGUAAAUGAUUACAAAUUAACAGCAGAAAAGGCAGGAACAGAGACAAACUCAAGACUUCGAGUCCUACCACUACAUGCUAGUUCUAAGGAGAGCAAUAUUUCAGAUAUGAACAUGGAGGAAAGACAUGAAAACUCUUUGGAGGAUGUGGAUGUCAGUAGGACAUCAGGUACCACUGUUUCCAGACUUCCUUUGUUACCUGACUGUUGAAACUUAAAAUUAAAAUUGUAAUGUAAUUAUACAUGGUAAUUUCCACCAUACUGUAUUUAUUCAUGGCUUAUUAUUAUAGGAAUAGGAAAAAAAUUUGUAUAUCUUCUAAUGUAAUCAAUGCAAGCAAAAUCUUGUCCAUUGACUUACUAUUUGCUAUAGUCCGCUGAAAACAUCUUCAUUAUAUUUGUUGCAUUCAGAUGAUAUGUCAUGGGUUACUUGUUGCUCGUAUUUGUUAAAGAUGAAAACCGGUUUUGUU